AUGAACCUCCACAAUCAAAAGGAUCACAUCAAAGAAGACAAGUCGACUAAUUUGAUUCCUCACUCACUCUUUUCUCCAAAACAACAAGAAUUCAAACUAAAAGAGGGUCCACGCUCCUCCCCUAUCACUCACACUCUUGAAAUUCCAGCCAACUCCUCCACUUCCUCAAUUGCAAUCGUCCAAACAAAAUCACCACCACCACCACCGGAUCUCGAUUUCCAAUCUCCAAGUAAUAGUGAGGAAAUCCUUCCUUUCAUGAACCAUAACAGCCCAAACCCUAACAACAACAACACGACCAUUCAUUACAAUAAUCAGAGAGAAUCUUCUUUUGAGAAAUACUUCUUCCAACCUCCUCCUCCUGCACUUCAAGAAGAAGAAAAAAACGCUCCUCACUUGGCUCUUCCACCAAAAGCAAUUCCAUCGGAACAAGAAUCUUUAGUACUACCCAUCGAUCGAGGGGAUCGGAAGAACAAGUUCUCUCAACAGGAACCAUUUUCACGAAUUGAACCUCAAACUUUGAGUUGUAGCGGUAGUAAUCAUAGUACAAACAACAAGACUCGCAUUCCGUCUCUCCAUUUGGAAAAUUCCACAAAUCCAGAAGAGGAGAUCAUCUCAAAGUAUAAUCACCAACACCAACACCAGCACCAGCAACAACAACCUCUUCUCUCAUUUCACAAGAAGGUACCUUCCGACGACACGUUUCUCGCUUCUUCUUCUUCUUCAUUGGAUAGUAAACACAUCAAACAACACCACUUGUCACUCCAUUCUCGUGAGCCAUUCUUUCAAGAAUAUUCCAAUCCAACUUCCAGAAGAACACAUUCCAAGCUUGGAAAAACAAAAUUUGAUAGCUAUUUUGAUUUUAGAGGAUUGAGCAGUCGCUCAGCAUCGAAACGUCAACAGCAACAACCACAGAAAGAACAUAAUUUUCAGGCCAACCAAAUUCACACGCUCAGUAGUGAAACACAAAAUUUGUUGGUGGAAAUUUCAAGUGAAAAAGAAUUAUCGAUUGCUCAACAGGAAGAAGAACCACAAAAUAUUGUAUACCAAGAAAGUACGAGUCAAAAUUUGGAAAAUAUGACAAACACACCUCCAAAGAAGGCAUCAAAAUUGAGAGUGUUUUGGGCAACUGCAUGUUUCAGUGGACUGCAAUUUGGUUGGGCACUUCAAAUAGCUCUAUUAACUCCUUUUAUUUUGGAAUUGGGUCUCUCAAAAACUCUCAUCACUUUGGUUUGGUUAUGUGGACCUGUGACUGGUUUGAUUGUACAACCCAUUGUUGGAGUUUUAAGUGACAAAUGUAAAAGUCCACUUGGAAAGAGAAGACCGUUCCUCAUUGUUGGAACCAUCAUGGUUGCAUUAUCUUUAUUACUCAUUCCAAAUAGUUUAGAUUUAGGUCAUUGGAUGGGAGAUACAGCCACAGAUCAUACUAUUGCCAUUGUGUUAGCAAUUAUUGGAUUUUGGAUUUUGGAUGUUUCAAACAAUACGCUACAAGGGCCAACAAGAGCACUAGUGGCUGACAUGGCCUCUCACAAAAAUCAAGCAUUUGGAAAUGCAACCUUAACCUUUUGGAGUGGAUUGGGAAAUAUUUUGGGCUAUUUGGCAGGAUUUGUCAAAUGGUCUUCCUACAUUACAGUUUUUAAAACAGAAGCUUGUUCGGAAGGAUGUCAAAAUUUAAAGAUUUGUUUUCUCAUUAGUAUUGGAUUUUUAUUAUUGACUUUUAUGGUCACGCUAUUUGCUGCUCGUGAGGAAUCCACAUGGAAAAAGAAAGCUUCUUCCCAUGACCAUACCACUACUGCAACCAAACUUGGAGAAGCGCAAACAAACAUGAUGGAUGGUGAAACAGAUCAUUUAUUGAUGAAACAAGACAAGUCCAUUAAUAGUAUUGUUGAAGACGAUGAUGAUGAGGAACAAGAGACCACUCGAGUCACAACACCAUUGCAAGUUGGCUCAUCCAUAGACGAUGGUGAUCCUUACACGAAUAGUAUUAGAAAAAGUCAAAGCGAGCCUAUUCAACUUGGUGACUCGAGCUUGACAGAUUCAAGAGAAUUAUUUUCACAUCACGCUCAUGAGGAUGAUGAAUAUUAUUAUCAACACUCAAGUCGUCACACUCAUGACGUGGUAAAUGAAGAAAAAAUGAAUGAACAUUCACAACAACAACCAAUCAAUGCAGAAGAAGAAAAUUCUCAAACAAUUCUUGUGGAUGCCACUCCCAUUCUCGAACACAAUCUCAUUAAGGAAAAGCAAGAACAUACGAUAUUCCCACCAGAUACUCGAAAUGUUUCAUUAAGUGGAAUGAAAUCUGCUCGACAAUUGGCUCAAUAUUUGAGAGCAGCGUUACAUUUACCAAAAGCCAUGUGGAGAGUGUGUUUGGUGAAUUUCUUUUCAUGGUUUGGAUGGUUUUGUUUUUUAGUGUACAUUACAACAUGGGUCGGUGAGAAUGUCUUUCAUGGCAGCAGUGAUGAAAACUCUCCAGCCUAUCGACUCUAUGUGAAAGGUGUUCAAUAUGGAUCUUUUGGAUUGGCAGGGUUUGCCGGUUCAAGCAUUCUCUUCUCUCUCAUGUUGCCCUCCAUGACUCACAAACUUGGAUUCAAAUGGACUUUCUUUGUGGGUCAAAUUGCAUUGGCUCUAUGUUUGGGUUCUACUCUCUUCGUCACAAACAAAAUACUUGCCUUAUUGGUAAUUACUACUUUUGGAUUUCCAUGGGCAGUCAAUGGUACGAUCCCAUUUGCCAUUGUGGCAACCAUUGCUAAAAAACAUGAAAAAGGGACUUAUAUGGGACUAUUGAACAUAUUUAUUGUAGUUCCUCAAUUAGUGAUGAGUUCGGUGGGACCUCUCAUUUCCUUUAUUUCACAUGGAAAUGUCGCUUGGACCUUGAUGGUUGGUGCCAUGAGUGUUCUAAUCUCGAGUAUUUUGAUUUAUUUCUUAAUUAUUCCAAAGAAGAUUGAGAGAAGAAGGAAGAGAGGAUUGGGUUUUGGUGGAGGUGGAGGAGGACACUAA